UGUGUUUUGCGCUGUAAACAUGCUUACUAUUAGUAAUUAAAUUCGAACAACAAGCGAUCGAUUUAUAGAUAUAAAGUUUGCUCUCUAUUCAAUUAGUUUUGUAAAAGUGAUAAAAUAUCCCUUAAAGUAAACAAUUACUUUAAUAUACUUAAGCUUAAGCAAAUAUGUACCUCUAUGUUAAGUACACAUGCAUUAAAUAACUGAUAAAAGUGAUAUAUCUACAACAUAAAUCCAAAUCGGUAUUAAGCAUUCUACACAGUUACAAAAUGAAGUGAGAGUUCCGUAAUUUUUUGGUUUUUCUUUUUCGAAUUUGUGUGCGCUCAAAGCUUUGAAAAAAUUAAAAAUUGACUUGGUCGUGGGAAACACUGCAAAAUGUUCUCAAAAGUUCGGCCCGUUUUCCAAACUGGAAAAAAUGUUAGAAGGAUCAGCUCUAAAGAAGUAAUGGAGAAGGAAGCUAAAUAUGCCGCACACAAUUAUCAUCCUCUACCAGUCGUCUUAGCUAAAGGACAAGGCGUUUUUGUUUGGGAUGUGGAAGGUAAAAGAUAUUACGACUUUCUCAGUGGAUAUUCCACGAAUAAUUUUGGCCACUGCCAUCCGAAGUUAGUGAAAGCCCUUACUGAACAAGCUCAUCAGCUUCAUCACGUUUCCAGAGCGUUUUAUUCAAACGUUUUCGCAGAAUAUGCUGAAAAAAUUACCAAGUUAUUCGGAUACGAUAGAAUGGUUCCUAUGAAUACAGGUGUUGAGGCGUGCGAAACUUCUUGUAAAAUAUCAAGAAAGUGGGGUUACAAAAAAAAGAAAAUACCCAAAGAUUCGGCAAAAAUUAUUUUUGCCACGGACAACUUUUGGGGCCGUUCUUUGGCAGCUGUUUCGGCAUCUACAGAUCCCUUGGCUUUCGAAGACUACGGACCCUUUAUGCCAGGCUUUAGCUGUGUUCCCUAUAACGACCUUCAUGCUUUAGAGAAAGCCCUAAUUGACCCUCUAGUUUGCGCUUUUAUGGUCGAACCUAUACAAGGAGAAGCCGGAAUAAAAGUACCCUCCGAGGGUUAUUUAAAAGGGGUACGGGAACUGUGUACCAAACAUAACGUUCUCUGGAUUGCUGAUGAAGUACAAACUGGACUAGGGAGAACAGGAAAAAGACUAACUUGUGAUUAUGAAAAUGUUAAACCGGAUAUCUUAGUCUUAGCCAAAGCUCUGGGGGGCGGACUAUAUCCUGUUUCAGCAGCCUUGGCUAAUGACGACAUCAUGCUGGUUUUAGAACCAGGAACUCAUGGUUCUACAUUUGGAGGAAAUCCUCUGGCAUCUAAAAUUGCUAUGACUGCUCUGGAUGUUUUGGAAGAGGAAAAUAUAAUUAAUAAUUCUUUCAACAUGGGGCAAAAGUUUAGAAAGGGUUUGGAGGAUUUAAAAUCAAAUCAAGCAGUUGUAGAUGUAAGAGGAAAAGGUCUUCUCAAUGCUAUAGAAUUUAAUAGUAAUAUUCUUAAUGCAUGGGAUGUUUUAAUUGAACUAAAAAAGCGAGGAAUCGUAGCAAAACACACCCAUGAUGACAUAGUACGCUUAUCACCACCUUUAAUCAUUAAUGAAGAACAAAUUGAAGACACUGUUGAUAUAAUAAAAAAAACUAUUAAUGACAUGACAAAGUAGUUGUCAUUUGCAUUAUAGAUAUUGUAUAUUUUGUAAUAAAAGAUUGUAUUUUUAUA